UCUCCUCCUCAGUAGGAGGGAGGAGUAAUGGUAAACUAAGCGCAACGUACAGUCACAGGUUAAAUGCUCGUCUGUAUCUGUUGCUGAGAAGUCACACCAGACACCAUGGACAGAAAAUUCCUUAGUUGGAUAUUUGUGCUUGGAUAUUUGCACGCAUCCUCUGGACAAACUACUACAUCUGAAACCCUGGGAACGUUUGAACCAUUUGUAUUCAAUAUGACUGCUACUCCCCUAAACACAACACCCCCAACGACCACAACAGAAGCAGUCCUGGACUCACUGGCACAUCUACAGGCGAAGCUAACUUCAUACGGAGAGGUCAGCAAUGCAACCAUCAUUAAACUCGUUAAACAGUUCUUUCGAGACAAUCUCCUGAAUGGAACAGCCCACGCAGUCACAGUGACAGAAAUUCAAAGGAUUGUAGAUUCAACCACAGCUGCAACUACCAUAAUCCCAACCACCAGACCCACGAUGCACAUCAACACAACUACAACACCAAUAACCCCCUUGACACCCACACCCCUGAACACAACAACACCCAUGACACCCACAACCAUGAACACAACAACACCCAUGACAUCCAUACCCUUAAACCAAACAGCACCCUUGACACCCACAACCAUGAACACAACACCCAUGAACCCCACAAUCAAGAACACAACAACACCCAUGACAGCCAUACCCUUAAACGCAACAGCACCCAUGACACCCACACCCCUGAACACAACAACACCCUUGACUCCUCCUGCUACUUAAACCAGAAUAGGAAAGCACUGCAUGAUUGUUGUAAGGAUGUAGAACACCAAGAAAUAUUUCAGUACAAGGAAGGAAGUCCAAGACAUCCUGUGUGCAGGUCAGCUUUUUUUUUUUUUUAAACUUUCCAUCGCAUGUGCUUGAGGCACACAGUAUGAAUAAGUGUGUGGGUUUGUGUGGUUUUGGCUAUUUGCCCUCUGUUUCAGACUCUUGCAGUCUCUUGUAUUUUUCUUCUCAACAUUGCUGAUUUCAUAUUUUUUCAAAUUAUUAUGUUUGUACUAAAAUUCUUCAUUGUUCUCUAACAAUUUAAAAACUAUUAUUUUGUGACAUUUCUGCACCGUCAAAGUCAAACCAUUAUAGACUUUCUGGUUUUGCUUAGAUGUAACACUAGAUUUUAUAAACCAAUCCGCAGUUUUAUUUCAUGUUUAAUAAUCCCCUUUUGAAAGAUAAAUAAAGAGACAAAUCUAUUUGAA